AGCACUUCCGGAGUCUCCCGGCAACUUGGCGUGGUCCCCUUUACUAAAACCUGUUACUUGACUCGCGUGCGCGACGCCGCGUGCUUCUGUUUCUCGGCCUUAUGGCCGGGCUGACCCUGUUUGUGGGCCGCCUCCCGCCCUCGGCCCGCAGCGAGCAGCUGGAGGAGCUGUUCAGUCAGGUGGGGCCGGUGAAGCAGUGCUUCGUGGUGACUGAGAAAGGAAGUAAGGCAUGUCGAGGCUUCGGCUAUGUCACUUUUUCUAUGCUGGAAGAUGUUCAGAGGGCCCUCAAGGAGAUUACCACCUUCGAAGGCUGCAAGAUCACCGUGACUGUUGCCAAGAAAAAACUGAGAAAUAAGUCCAAGGAAAAGGGGAAAACUGAAAAUUCAGAGUCCCCAAAGAAGGAGCUGCAGCCUAAAAAAGCCAAAGUGGCAGAUAAGAAAGCCAGAUUAAUUAUUCGGAACCUGAGCUUUAAGUGUUCAGAAGAUGACUUGAAGACAGUAUUUGCUCAGUUUGGAGCUGUCCUGGAAGUAAACAUCCCUAGGAAACCAGAUGGAAAGAUGCGUGGUUUUGCUUUUGUUCAGUUCAAAAACCUCCUAGAAGCAGGAAAGGCUCUCAAAAGCAUGAACAUGAAAGAGAUAAAAGGGCGGACAGUGGCUGUGGAUUGGGCUGUGGCAAAGGAUAAAUAUAAAAAUACACAGUCUGCCUCUGUCGCAGGUGAGGAGAAGAGGCCUGAACCUAAAUGUCAGGAAUUAGGUCAACAGAAUGGCAGGGAAGAAGAGGAUGUGGAGGAGGAGGAGAAUGAUGGUGCUUAUGAUGAUGAGGAAGAUGAUGAAGAAGAAGAUGAGGAGGAGGAGGAGAAUAAAGAAUCAAAGCUGACCAAGCCUGUGCACAUUCAGAAGAGAGCAGUCAAGAGGGCAGCACCUGCAGAAAGCAGUGAAGAGGAGCAUUCCGAUGACAACAGCGACCUGGAGGAAAGCGACAGUAUUGAUGGUGGAGAGGACCUGGCUCAGAGUGAUACCAACACUGAAGAGCAAGAGGAGGAAGUCUCGAAAAAGAAGAAGAAGAAGAAGAGGAAAUUACCCUCUGAUGUGAAUGAAGGGAAAACUCUCUUUAUCAGAAACCUGUCCUUCGACUCAGAGGAAGAAGACCUUGGAGAGCUCCUCCAGCAGUUUGGAGAUCUCAAAUAUGUCCGCAUUGUCUUGCAUCCAGACACAGAGCAUUCUAAAGGUUGUGCAUUUGCCCAGUUCAUGACUCAAGAAGCAGCUCAGAAAUGCCUCGAAGCUGCCUCUCCAGAUACCGAGAGUGGUGGGCUUAAACUGGAUGGCCGGCAGCUUAAGGUUGACUUGGCAGUGACCCGUGAUGAGGCUGCAAAGCUCCGGACAAAGAAGGUGAAGAAGCCGACUGGGACCCGGAACCUCUAUCUGGCCCGAGAAGGCUUGAUUCGUGCUGGGACGAAGGCUGCAGAGGGUGUGAGUGCUGCUGAUAUGGCCAAAAGAGAACGAUUUGAGCUGCUGAAGCAUCAGAAACUCAAGGACCAGAAUAUCUUUGUCUCCCGGACCAGGCUGUGCCUGCACAAUCUCCCAAAGGCCGUGGAUGACAAACGGCUCAGAAAGCUGCUGCUGAAUGCCACUGGAGGGGAGAAGGGGGUGCGCAUCAAGGAGUGUCGGGUAAUGCGAGGCCUUAAAGGAGCUCAUGGGAAAAUUAACGGUCAGUCCUUGGGCUAUGCCUUUGCAGAGUUCCAGGAGCACGAGCAUGCCCUGGCAGCCCUACGCCACAUCAACAACAAUCCAGAAAUCUUUGGGCCUCAGAAGAGACCAAUAGUGGAGUUCUCUUUGGAAGAUCGAAGGAAACUUAAAAUAAAGGAACUGAGGAUCCAGCGCAGCCUGCAAAAAGUGAAACCCAGGUCGGCAACUGGUGAGCAGCCCCAGCAAGAACAACCAGAGCUUGGAAAAAAACAGCAACAGAAAACAGCUCAGAACCACAUGCAUCAACAAAGCAAGGCCCCCACGGAGCAGGAGGAGAAGGCAGGAUCUGUCUCGUGGACAGGCUUCCAGACCAAGGCCGAAGUGGAGCACGUGGAGCUGUCUGAUGGGAAGAAGAGAAGAAAGGUCCUGGUGCUCCCCUCACACCGAGGCCCCAAAAUUAGGUUACGGGACAAAGGCAAAAUGAAGCCUCUCCCUCCCAAGAAGGCAAACCCCCAGAUAAACCACUGGAAGCAAGAGAAGCAGAAAUUAUCUUCCAAGCAGGUACCUAGGAAGAAAGCUAAGGGAAACAAGACAGAAAUUCGCUUCAACCAGCUGGUCGAACAAUAUAAGCAGAAGUUAUUGGGACCUUCUAAAGGAGCUCCUCUUGCAAAGAGGAGCAAAUGGUUUGACAGUUGAUGAUGCUAGCAGACUGGGUAAGAAGCUGGAUUGUGUGUUUCUGGGUAAAGCCUCCCCGUCUCCCCCAUGUCAUUACUGAGGGAAGGAAACUCCUUGAGUGCACUGCCACUUUGGGGCACUGCGACUGGGGCACAUCUAAACUUUGGUCCCUCCCUGGUGUGUGGUUAGAUAACCACAAAGAGGAAUCUCAGAAAAACAUGGUGAUGCUUCUUGCAUAUUUUGUGUGAAGUUGUGUUUAUAAUUCUUAUCCAUUUUAAUUCUUUGUUGCUCAAAUGGGAACAAUUAUAAAAAGCAUUCUUGACUGCUGAAUUUUUAAGAUGUAUAUUUUGUUAAGUGUCUUCUCUAAAUGAGAUAUUUUGUGGCUUUUUGAAUAACAGACUCUCCUUUCUAAUAUAUGGGAAUCCUUUAUUAUUUAUAAAUGUUUUUGAUAUUCCUAACUCUAAUUCAGGCAUGUAGUCCUACAUACUGCAGGAAUCGAUUAAGAAAGAACAGAGAAACAUGAUUUCCAACCUAAUCUUUGAGGGUGGGAGAAACUUGGAAAGUAAUUGAGGGCAUGGGACCUGGCCAGGAGCAACACCUGAUAAUUGUUUGCCAAAUGAGUGGGUAAUUGUUGGUAGUUAACUAGAAAUCAGUUGGCAGUGGCCCACAGACACUAGCCUGGGUGGUGCUAACCUGCAUUUCCUCUCUUGCAGCACCUCCUCCUGAGGACUCAAGAGAGGUGGUGGGUGGUGGAGAGAGCAGUGAGCAUGGCCAGAGAAAGAGUUGGAAAUACAGCACAAAGCUCUUAAUUCCCCAGUCCAGUCUAGUGCCAUAGUAAGUGAUGCUUUCUUCAGAACCAUUGCUGACCUAGGGAUAUGGCUGUUUCAUUGCAGUAUCUUGGGAAACCAGCGAAUGCUCAGAAAUGCCCUUAAUUGGUUUAAAGAUGGGUAAAAGAGAGACCAUGAAAUACUGAAACCUUUUGGAGAGAACUAAAGGACAGAGGCUGUAUCUCCAGAGUUACCUUGAGACAGUGCGACUUGGGCAGUUCGAAAUAUUCUGGCAGCAGCUUGGCAACCCAUCAACCCUAGGAUGACCUGUACUCUGUGAGGGAGUCAGACACUUUAUUAAAGGUGUAAAUAGAAGAUCCACAGCCUGCCCGGCCUCUGAUCUGUUUUCCCUUGGCCAGCUGUCUGCUCACCACACACUUUUUCCCAUAGUGUACAAAUAUCUAUAAAUUAACAUUUAAAAAUAAUCUUAACAUUUAGGAUAAGAUAAAAAUUGGGGUUCAUUUCAGAUAGCUUUGCCAGAUUUUCUUAGAUCCAGAUUUUUCUCCUGACAGGUUUAGCAGCCCAGUAUGUUUAAAACAUCAUUCAACUGCUGGAAGAGUUACUGCACAGUUCUUUUCUUUUUUUUUUUUUGCCUUUAUUUUAUUUUAUUAAAUGAUGUUUGAAUCACUAAAUUAAAAAAAUACAUAUUGCUGAA